AUGACGCUAGGUGUUAAGAAGCAGAAGGUUGAAGGUGAAUGCAGUGCACUUGAUAAUUUGAAAGCCGCUGGGACUCGUGUGGUUGCUGAUUCUGGUGACUUCAAAGCUAUUGCCAAAUACGAUCCACAGGAUUCUACGACGAACCCGUCCCUGAUCCUGGCGGCGUCUAAAAAGAGUGACUACCAGACCUUGAUUGACAACGCGGUCCAGUACGGGAAGCAGCACGGCACGACCACCGAUGAGCAGGUGUGCUGUGCGAUGGACAAGCUGCUAGUGGAGUUUGGGACGUCGAUCUUGAAGAUCGUGCCCGGGAUGGUUUCCACGGAAGUUGAUGCCCGUCUAUCCUUUGACAAAGAGGCAACCAUCAAGAAGGCGCUACGGAUUAUAGAGCUGUACAAGGAGGAAGGUAUUGACAAGGAUCGUGUUUACAUCAAGAUUGCAUCCACAUGGGAAGGUAUCAACGCGGCGAAGGUGUUGGAGAAGGAGCAUGGUAUCCACACCAACUUGACACUGCUGUUUUCCUUUGCGCAGGCAGUCGCCUGUGCGGAAGCGCGUGUGGCGCUUGUGUCCCCCUUCGUCGGUAGAAUUGUUGACUUCUACACGGCAAAGACUGGGAAACAGUACACCUCUGAAGACAACCCGGGCAUCAUCUCUGUGAAGAAUAUCUACAAUUACUACAAGAAGCACGGGUACAAAACCAUCGUCAUGGCCGCUUCGCUAAGAACUAUCGACGAAGUUAAAGCACUAGCCGGUUUGGACAACAUGACCCUCCCAUUGUCUGUAUUGGACAAACUCAUGGACAGUUCUGAAUCCGUGCCGACUGUUUUAACCCCGGAAAUUGCCAAGAGGGAGGGCGGUGAAAAGAUCUCUUACAUCAACAACGAGUCCAAGUUCCGCUUCGCGAUGUGUGAGGAUGAGAUGGCCACCUCUAAAUUGGCAGACGGGAUCAGAAAGUUCGCAGCAGAUGCUGUGACUUUGCAAGAGCUAUUAGAGAAGAAAGUCACCGCUUGA